ACUUUUAAGGUCGUCUGAAGGUUAUGGCACAUUUCAAAGUUUGCGUAAUGUUGGUGCAAUGGGCAAGGCUAGUCAUGUAACUCUGAGCCUUUGGCCGAGAGCAGAACCAUUCGCAUACGGUAUCUUUCACGUUCAUCCUCAUCCAAGACUUGCUGUCCAUAACAUCAAAAAGCUUGUUACUUAUGCGAAAACCAAAGGUAAAACUGGAUCAAGAUUAAGUUAUUCUGUUUGGAAACAUGUAGCAUGUAAUAAGCUUCAGCUGACUGAGGAUUUGGCUUGGGUCCUCUUUCACACAUGCCUAACUAUGUCGGCGACACAAUACGAAAAGCUUAAGGAUUUUGAUGAGAGGAUAUUUACUGCAGCAAACUCAGCAGAUGCCGAGAGGAUUCGUACUUCACAAUCCGUUAAUUUGUUCACAUUUGUACUCUUUCUGUACAUACAACAAAUAAACAAGAUAUCUCUGCGAGCUUCGGCAGUGUCAGCCAGUGCUGAGUGGCCUGGUAGUUAUAGUCGUUCAUCCGAGUUGGAUUCAGGUCGUUCAACUCCUAUCAAACUAUGUCGUAAUCUAGAUGAGCAAUAUCAUUUUCAAUUUAUCAGUGAAAAUCUGAAUGAAAUGCUUGAUCUCCUUGUUGAACCCGAUAACCAAGGUGGAAAUAGUAUGGAUGCAACAUUGUCUGAAGGUGCUGUCGAAGCUUUGGACCUUGUUUUGGAAGGAUCAGCUGAUGAAGGAAGGACACUUAAUUCAUUCUCAGAACUUGUCCAUAUACCGACAAUUCUACCAGCAACUGGCUACUCCAAGGUUACACAUGCUUUUCAUUUACGUGGCCUUCUUUCUUGGAUUCGUUCAUGGCUAACACAAAACCCAUUUUCGGUUGAAAACUGUAUUCGUAAUGGUCGACGUUUACAGUGGCGUCUUCCUCAUCAAGUUGUCUUGGACAAUGAAUCUGGUUUAAACAAUACUCAGCAACAGCCACAGAAUGAUAUCAUAAAGCGUCAGAAAAUCGCAACAAACGCGCACCAAGUUCCACGAACUGGAGGUCACAGUGGAAACAAACUGGUUGUCAUGUCGAUGAUUUCUCGCCAAAUUAUUGCUCGUAGUUCUGCUACACUUGAUGGUGCCACGCUUAAAAUACAUCGUGCCCAUUGUAGUUAUUUGUAUCUCCUGUCACCUAUGAGGUCUGUUACGCUAGAUAAGUGUCGCAAGCUGACCAUUGUUUUGGGACCGAUUGAAAAUACUCUCCAACUUAACCAUUGUGAAGACUGUUUGGUUAUUGCAGCCUGUCGUCGUGCUAUCUUGGCUUCUUGUCGUCGGUGCACAUUGCAUUUAGCUAUACAAUCUCGUCCAAUAUUGAUUCAGCCUCCUGUUCCAAACACUGUCAGUGGAUCUAUGAUUAUUUCAAAUAUUCCUGUGAAUUGUUCGGGUACAAAUACUUCUACUCCAGGCACCCCUACGCCUGGUAGUGUAGCACUAGUUGGUAAUGAAGAAAUAUUGUUGGCUCCCUUUCAUACAACGUAUAUGAAACUUGUGGAUCACCUGAACAAGGUAAACCUUAGUCCGAAAGUGAAUUAUUGGGAUCGUCCAUUUCUGUUAGGACAAGAUUCUAGUCGUCAAGACUCAUCUCAACAAUCAUCCAGAGUUCGUUGCUGGGACUUACUACAACCCGCCCAUUUUUAUCCGUUUAAUAUUCCACUUUUGCUCUCUACUCGAGGUGAAAGUAUGGACCGCAACCCGAUUGGUGAAAAUUAUACUCGUUCUGAAGAAGCUGUUCCUAAUGGUAAUCCUCAAACUGCUAACUGUCUGGAUUUGAGCGCAUCACUUAUAACGAAUACGUCCAGAUACUUUGCCGAUUCAGAUGAAAGACGUUUAGAGAACUAUAUUUCCAUGGCUAAUAGCAUUCUACCAAUUCCAUUACCUUCCGCUUAUUUAGUUGCUUUACAUGAAAGGGCUGGAGCUUAUCAUAAGUGGCCUCAACAUGUUAUGGUUAGUUUCAUGAAAAAACGUUCCUGUUAAUGCAAUUUAGCAUUUUCGGUAACAAUUAAACUUCUGUUUUGUGAAAUGAUUUAGAUUUGUUUCUCGACCUACCACUCUACAGACUUCUAUUUUCCUUUUGAAGAUUUGUUCGAUUCCCGAUUUUCCAAAGGACUAUUCAAAUCUAUGGUGAUUAUGAAUUCCACUAUAUGACUUUACUCAAUAAUCCAUUACAUUAUAAGCGGAGAUGAAUAGUGGAUAACCAUAGGAUCAAGGCCUGGAGUUUCGUCCCAUUUGGGGCUUGUUAGCCUGGUGUACCUGCACCUGAGAGUUGACGGUCAAUACUGGACUCGAACUCAGUAUCAUUCUCUUCAAAGGCCAUCGCGUUACCCACGCGGUUGCUAAGUCUAGAUAGCCAUUGGCUUGUAAAAUGGAGUGAAGCUUAAGUUUUUUUGUAUUGGUCGUUUGAAUUUUCCCAUCAAUUUUCAGGACUGCAAUUCGUCAGAACAAAACGCGCCUCCUGGAUUCUACUGCUAGCCACCAUCUACCUCUGCUGAUAAUGUUUGUGGCUUAAUGGGAAUAUUGAGGCCGUCUACAGUGGAUGCACAGCUGAUAAAAAUGACUGAUGAAUUACAGUCCUAAACAUCAAUGGAAAGAUUCAAAGAACCAGUACAAUUGAAUAAAAACAUCACACUGUUGUUAUUUUACGAAUGAGUGUGCUCUUAGAUCGUUUCAAAACUUUUCUACAGGAAAAUCUAAAAUUUAGUUCACGACAUAACUAAACAAAUACAGUGAGUAGACAUCUGUAACAAUGCAAGGUUGACCCCUGAUCAAUGUCAUAGUUUUAGCACUGUUGUGGAUCAGAGAUUUCGAAAAUGGUUGAUAGAAUCAGGCAAUUUGCGUCAAUUACAACUCCUAGAACUAAGCACAGGUCACGUGAAUUCAGUACCAUCUUGUAAUCCUACUGCUUAUUCUGUCAACAAAAAUGGUGUUCCUCUGUCUGUGAGUUCUACUUUUCGAAGCCAUGCAGAUCGAUCCGAUCAUGGGGUUCGUAGUUCUUAUGCUGAUGGUCACAUAAGCAAUUCUAUUCGGAGUGGCUGCCUUCUCGCUCGGUCAAAUAAUGAAAAUCAGUUUGCUACCGACGAUGAUGAUGCUGAUGACAUAUGAUAGUAAUUCGUAAUUUCUCGAGUAUUAUACAUUCCAGUAUUUUUCUCAAUCAAUAAGUGGUUGUUAUUUAUUUUGAUUUAACCGGAAAAAUAGUUAUUAUAAUCUCAGUUUAAGCUAUCAUCUGUGAUCAUUUAUAUUGUUAUUGUUUGUUUAAGACAUGCAUUCAUUGUUACAUUAUAAGGGACAUUUGAUUUUUUCCAAAUGUAAUUCUUUGAAUUUUAUGGGUCACAUUUUCUUGAAACUGUAAAUUAGUUUAUCAACGUAAAAAUGUUUUGUUGCUUGUUAUAUCAUAAAAUUCUUUUCGGAUUCCCAAUUCUGACCUACUUUUUCUUGAUCCUUACUUCUUAAUACUUAAUUGUACUGAUGUGCUUUGGUUUCAUCAGUUGGCUAAUGUUGUAUGCUUUAGCUAUAAAUGUGAAUUAUUAACUACAGAAACAUGUUUAUUGUUAAAACGUUCGAUAUGAUCGCUUUAUUUAACUGUUCACCUUCGAGUUCUUACGCACAAUUGAUCUAACAUGUAGUUUAAUGUUUAUGUUAUUUUUUGUACCUGUUAAGUACUAAUGUAAUAAACGAAAACAGUUGGAGACGACCAAAUGUAUUUGGUGAAAUUUGAAUACCAUAUGUCCAAUACUUCAUUUGCAAAAUGUCCAUCAGUUGUCUCAGACUUUGUUGUUCCUUCAUUUCCAUACCAGUCACUCUCUGUUCCCGUUCUUUUCUAUUCGAUCUUCUUAACCUUCUGCUGCCAGGCAUUCCACUUGCGAUUGGUGUUAUACACUACUUAUAUUUCUGUCGACAUAUGUAGCAUACUAACAUGUUUACAGAAAUGACAUAUUGAUUAGUUAUUGGAUUGAAAAUAAUACUGUUUUUUAUAAGAAAGCACUUGGUAUCUG